AUGGUGGUGGGCGUCGUGGUGGCGCUCGCCCUCAUGUUCGUGAGCGUACUCAACAUCGGCCUCUACGGCGGCGCCAUGGACCUGGACUACGACACCUGCCAGGGGCCGUGCCGCGAGCGUACCGGCGCGCUGGGCAUCGUGGCCGGCGUGUUCGGCUUCCUGGUGGGCAUCGGCGUCAUCGUCGUGCUCGUGCUGCCCCUCGUCGUGCCGGCCAUGGCCGAGCCGCUGCCGUCGCUGGUGGCCAAGCUGGUCCUGCUGGUGUGCCUCUUCCUGGUCACCCUCUUCUACAUCGUGGCCUGGUCGCUCAUGGCCAAGGACAUCGACGACUUCCGCGACGGGCUCAACGGCGCGUGCGACGACAUGGCGCCCGACGUGUGGAAUGCGGCGCUUGCGUUCGGCCUCUUCGGCUUCUUCCUCGCCAUCGCUCUCUUCAUUGUCGUGACCGUCGCGCUCGUGGUCGACCGAAGCGGCGGAGGUGGUGGCGGCGGCGGCGGCGGCAGCAGCAACCAGCACCCAGCCAAGGACGAGUACGCGGCCUAG